AUGACUGGGCAAUCAGAACGCAUUUCCACGAUCCCUUCCACCUCGAUGAUGUUUUGUUUGGGUAUACAAAGACUCCAAAGGGUAGCACUACUGGUUGCGUUGGCGUGCCAAGGAGCCACUGCUUUUGCUCCCCAAAUACUCAAGACUGCCACCGCAAGCAUCGGUCAUUCUGCAGCUGCUUCCGUAAGCAACCAAUAUAAUCGCUGGGACACACGGUUGCGAGUUUCCUCGACAGAAGAAAUAUCCACGGAUACUGAGUUGGACUUGGAAGCUCUGCGUGGACCUGAUGGCAUUUACAACAUUGAAGAUAAAACCCAGCACAAAGCAUUCUUGAAAGAGAAUUCUGACCAGCUGGUCAUUUUGAAGGUAUUUGCUCCUUGGUGUCGAGCAUGUAAGGGGUUGGAACCAAAGUAUCAACAAAUUGCCAAGGAUAAGACCUACGCGGACGUUCCCAUCAAGUUCACCUCCAUGAGUAUUCAAAACAACAAAGAUUACAUCAAGAGCAUUGGAGUCCUGGCACUGCCCACAGUACAAUUCUACAAAAAUGGGCAAUUGGUGGAUAACUUUCCUUGUGGACCCAGUAAGCUACCCAUUCUGAAACGAAAGCUGGCAGAUUUGGUGGGCAACAGUGUGGAUCCGGAUACCAACAGGGUCAAGCCACCCAGGUCAGCCGGCACUGCAGUAGACGCAGCAAAUCAGGUGGUCAAGCCACCAGGAACUCCCUCGGUACCCGUCAAAAAAGAAAAACAACAACUACAGCUCAAAGAUGGUACUCCUUCUCCAGAACACAAGUAUCUCACCAAAGAACAGAUUGAGUACAUGCGAACCAAAGUGCCAUUCUUUGAAACGCUCGAGGAUGAUGAUUGGCAGUCGUCUCUGGAACAUGCCAAGAUUCUCACUUUUGACAGUGGAUCCAUCAUUAUGAAGGAAGGAAAUCUCGGACACACAUUCUAUGUCAUUUUGGAGGGAGAAGUGGAAAUUUGCCAAAGAACGGCAUUUGAGGAUCCAUUAAUUGCACCAACGGACUACAUUGGUACUGUCAUUAAUCGACUCGGGGAGGGUGACUGGUUUGGAGAACGGGCCCUGAUUACGGGUGAAGCACGAGCCGCCAGUAUCCGGGUGACAGAUCCCAUGCGUUGUGUGGCCUUUUGCCAAGAAGACUUACCGGCAUCCUGCGUCCUGCGAGGGCUUCCACAGGGAUUUGCCCCCAGCAACAGCACCGUCGAAAAUGCAGCAACGCAAAAACAAACAGAAAUUGUCGACCGUGUCAAUGAAAAAUAUGGCUUGUCCAUGAAGGAAUUGGAUGCGAUUGAGACUAGCAGAAUUGUUGCAGAAGCCACUCUGGAAAAUCAAAAACGUGGUAGCGCCAAUACCCCCGAAGUCAUUAGAGGCGUUGACACUGAUGAUGACGACGAUGUGGACGUUGAGACACCCAACAACGAAUGGAACUAUUUGGAGGAUGCCUCCUUGGCCAUGCUCAAGUCCAAGACGGCUUCCAUUGUGCCACUGCUAGAAAAAUUCAAACUGAUUCAGCUCAUUGCGAGAUGCUUUGAUUACAUUGUCGACAAUCGUGCCAAGUGGGGAGAUCCAGCCAUUCGUCGGCGUCGUGCGCUCUUGGUAUCGCGGUUGCCACGAUCCCAGCGGGAAGAAUUUGUGGAAGCCUUCCGACUGGUGGAUGCCAGUGGAGAUGGUGGCAUUAGCAUGAUGGAACUGAGGCGAGUCAUGGACAGUAUUGGAGAAGAAAAGAGCGACGAGGAGUUGUGGGAGAUGAUCCCACACGGAUACCAAAGUGGUUCUGUAGGCGAAGACGUGAUGACACUGGAGGACUUUAUGGGAAUCAUGGCGGAGGCCGAGUUUUACCAUCUCUUCCGAGACAUCUUUGCAUCGUUGGACAAGAGAGAAUCUGGUUUUGUGAAGGCAAAGGACUUGGACCGAGUAUUGUGCGGUGUGCGCGACUUGAUCAGUGAUGAUCGCCACAGUAUAAUAGACAUGGAAGACAAGGAAAUGAUGAUCGACUAUGAGCAAUUUACAAAGUCGUUGAUCGGUUUGAGUCUCUAA